UCAAUGUCAAGUUGACAUUGUCAACUCAUUUCGGUUCGGUUCCUAUUGCUGACGAAGUGCGCUCUGAUAUUAUUAAAUAAACAUUGAUAAUAUUUCGAAAAAAUGUAUUUAUAACAACACACAGUAUAGAAAAUAUUGAAAAUGGACCAGAACAACCGUACAAGAAGAGGUGACUUAGAUAUAGACAGUUUUAGAAGUGAUGAACCUAAUUUCGACAGGACUCGUAUGAGAAGGCAAUCGGGCGGCUUCGUGGAUUUAGGAAAUGAAUCACAGUACGGCACAGGUGGUCAUCAAGCCUCUGGAGCCAAUGAAAUAUUCGCCGAUAUACAGGGAGAUGUACCAUGGUGGAAGUCAAACUUCUUCAUAUCACAACCUGUGCUUUUUGGUACUUGGGAUGGAGUAUUUACAUCAUGUCUCAUUAACAUUUUUGGUGUUAUCGUGUUCUUAAGAUCUGGCUGGAUAGUAGGACAAGCUGGAUUAGUUAAUGCUGUGUUGAUAGUCAUAUUUACAGUUUUUGUAGCUUUGAUCUCAGUUUUGUCAGCAGUAGGAAUUUGUGAAAGAUGCAGAAUAGAGAGUGGAGGAGUAUAUUUUUUGCUUGCUCACACAUUGGGAUCAAGAAUGGGUGGAGCGUUAGGUAUCAUUUACUGCUUUGGUCAGGCUGUUGGUUGUGCCUUAAAUGUCUUUGGUUUUGGCGAGUCAAUGGCUGAUUUAGUAAGUGCCAACAAUACCUGGGCUGCAAGAGGCUUUGCAGUGGCUGCUGUCCUUUUACUAGGAACUAUCAAUGUAGCAGGUGUAAAGUGGGUCAUUAAACUACAGUUUGCACUUCUAGUUAUCAUAUUAUUAGCAGCAUUGGAUUUCUUCCUUGGAUCUCUUACUACCAUACCAGGCAGUGUACAAGGACAAUUUACUGGCUGGCUUGGUACUACAAUAGCAAACAAUACCUGGGCCGACUAUCAAGAUAACUAUACAUGGUUCAAAUGCUUUGGAGUAUUCUUCCCAACCAUCACGGGAAUCCUUGCAGGCAUUAAUAUGAGCGGAGACUUGAAGAAUCCUUCUGUAAAUAUCCCGAAUGGAUCUUUGGCAGCUAUCACUACUGGAACCUUUUUAUACCUCAUGUUCAUUAUAACACUAGCAGCAACGGUCACCAGAGAAGCCUUACUAAAGAAUUUCUCUAUAACUGCAGACAUAUCAGCUGUGAUUGUAUUACUGUUGGCGGGGUUGUAUGUUAGCUCGAUGAGUUCAUGCUUGGGGGCCAUGUACGGUACUCCUAGAGUGUUACAAAGCAUAGCCAAUGAAAAAGUCAUACCUGGCUUAGAUAUACUUGGACAUGGGAGAGGUCCGAACAAAGUACCGAUAUAUUCGAUGGUCGUAGUUGCCAUCGUGACGGUCACAUUCAUUAUAAUCGGCGACAUAAACAAGCUCGCACCCAUCGUCACUAUGCCAUUCCUCAUCACGUACGCUAGUAUCGAUUAUUCUUACUUUGCGUUAGCUCAGACAUUUGAUUUGCAACACAAACGAGAAAUGAGGUUUCAAGGACAAUCGCAACGUGACACGCAAGUGUAUGGAGCAACUGGCAGCGAUCUUGACUUACUCUUUCCUGAGAGAAUAAGACAUAAAAACGUUGGCGACUUCACGCCGUCCCCAACCGAUUCCGCAAUGAUGAACGGUCGACAGUCGAACGGCGACGUGAAUCGUCCGAAUGUCAGUGUACAUUCGAAACACAAGAACUGGUAUUCUCAUCUUUGCAACAGAUGGCUUUCGUUGGUCGGCGUAGCGAUAAAAUUAUUACUGAUGUUCUUAGUGCACUGGGUGUACGCGCUCGGGUGCCUCAGUAUCGUUUGGCUCGUGUGGCUGUAUAUCGGAGCCGCUAACCCCGCCGUCAAACCGGGCCGGGCCUCGGAGUUUAGAUUCUUCCACUGGUUGAGAAUUACCUUCCUUCAAGCUAUAGGGAAGCGUCCUCUAGAAUACGAACAAUUGGUUGUGACUCCCGUUCACGCGGACAUUUCGAUGGAACAAGAGAGACUUAAUGACGACAACGAGGACUUCGCCUCCCGCCGCAGGUACCAUCAGUCGACCGCGCUGCAGACACAUCUAGUUAACGUGGAUCACUAAAUUAUAUCAGUACCAUAAACAAAUUACGUUACCAACAAUUAAUACUUAAAUUCGAAACUUUUUUAUCAAUCAAUUGAGCAACAAAACAAUGCAUAAAAUUGUUUUGAUUUCAAUAAAAUUAUCGUACUGACCUAGUACACGUGUACUUACUUUGACUCACAGUCUUAGAGCGACUACCUUCAAACCUUUGUGAAAAUAAUAACUCUUAGAUUGAAGAAGUAUCGCAGUCAUUAUUAGAGGGGAGGAGAGCUAUCUGAAAAAUUAAAAAUAAUGGUCUUUCAACAAACGACGUUUAAAAAGCUCGUAUUCGGCAAUGACCUUGGCAUUAUCAGCGUUCUUGGGAAACAGUAACCAUUUAAAUCAAAGAGGCAGUAUUCUCUGUUGUCGAUGAAAACAAUAAAUAUACGGACAGUAAUGGUUAAAUAGAAGUAAUUGUUUAGACACACUCGAGCGCCAUAUACCUGACAUUACAACGUGAAUACUGACAUCAUAGAUAUAAAUACUCUUAUUAUAUAAAACUAACACUUACGCAGGAAACAGUUAAAUUCUUUAUAUUUAUUAUAAAUUAUUAUUAUUUAAAGUUAAAAACCGAAAUUGCGACGUAUUGAAUUCGAAAAUUCGUUCAUUAGAAUGUUGAUAGUCAAUUUGUAUUUUUUUCAUUAUCCAACUAUUGUAACAUUUGACAAAGAAAAUAAAUUUUGCAAACCUAUUGGAUGGUUGAAGUUAGUAACGCGAAACCUAUUAUUGCGUUUGUGCUUCAAUCUUUUCAUUGAUAUUUUUUUCAUCGAAUUUCAACCAAGAAGCCGAAAAGUAAGUUCCGUUGUACAAUAUUAAGUAAAAGAACCGGUGUAUAAAAAUAUGUAAUCAUUUUUUCUAUGUAUUGAAGAGCAUAAUUGAUUAUGAUAAUUUAAGAAUUUACAUUGCCACUAAGUUUUCUGUUGAGAUCUUUCCCAUGAAACAACAGUUUUAAAUUCUUUUAAGUUUUUAACAUAUUAUUAUGUAGACUGUUAUGUAAAAAUAAACCAUUAACUAGGAUUAAUAGCUUCGAAUUUAUCAACAACAAAAAUGGGAAUAAAAUUAAUUAAAUUAUCUAAAUAUUUUAAAUAGUACUUACUAUUACUUAGUACUACUACUUACUACUGGGGGCAAACAACAAGAUUUUAUUUAAAAUUGUUUUCUUGAGAUCGUGAUCGUAAAUUAAUUUUGUGUUAAUAUGUUGAAAGCCAUAACGAACGCCUUACUUAUCUCCCGACCGCACUAAUAUAUCAAGAAAAAAAGGUCGAUUUACGGAAACAACUAUUUACUCAUUAUUUUCCGAUAUGUCAAAUGUCAGACACCAGUGUCCGCAGCGGCCAACUGAGCUAAAGAUGAUUUCCAGUCUGAUGUUCAACGUGUUAAUAUGGCUGUGCAAAUAUAUGCUGUAUUUUGUUGUUUGUAUAAUUGUUUAUUGGGUUAGAUGCCAGACGAAUACAAGUUAACAAAACUGAAAAAUCCAUUAAAAUAAAAUAAAGAACAUUUGACGAUAUAUCAUUUUACGAAAAAAAGCCAAUAAUUUUGUUUUACAAUAGAGUCGUCUAUUAUCAAAGGUGGCAAUCUGUGCAUUUGGACAAAAAAAUGUUAUUGAUAUGUCAAUACAGAUUGAUUUGAAUAUAAUCGUCUCCUUCAAAGAAUACGGUUCAAAACCUGCAUUAAAUAAAGGUUAAUAGUUAACCUGUUAUUUAUCUAAGAUGUCGUUCCGAAGAGUUUUGUGACUGCCAAUGGAAUACAAAGUCAAUAAAUCGUUUUUCUGAUUUACCAAUAAUUAUCCAAAAGUCAGAUUGCCGGCUUUGAUAAUAGUCGACUCAAUAUAACCUUGUAAUCAUAGGUUCGUCUGAAAAAAUUGACAAUAAAUUAAGGUUUGAUUAAAAUCCCAAAAAUGUAAGCAGUAAUCACUUUUAUCAAGGGUUCUUUACAAUUCUAGGAACUAAAGGACGAAUCUAUUAAUUCUUAAAUAGCGAAUUCUUUUAUGCUUUGACAUCUCUGGCUCUGUUAUAAAAAAACAGUUUAAUGUAAUUUAUAGAGAGAAUAAGAUAGAACAUUUCGGAAUGUUUCAUUUCUACCGCUUGUGAACUGUGGUAUGUUUGGCACUAAUUUACUGAUAUCUGCGAUUCUUUUUAGAAUGAGAUUACUUUAAACUUGUUCUAAAAAUUAUAAAAUUCCAAGAAGAGACAAAAAAACGAACUACGAAUCUAUAAAAAAUAGAUUUUCGCAAAACUGAAUAACCGACUUUAUGCCUCUCUAGUAGAGUAUCUUGGUUGAUCUUAAUGCUUUUAUAACAAUAAUUGAAUUUAUAUUUAUAAUGAUGAAUAUUAUUAAGUGAUAAUUUUAAAAUGUGAUGUACUGACGGACACUUGUCACUGAAAAUAAAUUAUUUUUUUAAUAUAAUAACUCAA